AAACAAUUCGAUAAUAAACUUUUUUCUACUUAUAAAGCUUUUUACCAUCGAUAUAUUUUGCUUUGAUGGAUUGCAACUUAUUAAAAUACUUCUUAAUGGUAAUGAAUAAUAAUAGGUAUUACUAAUCAUUUAAUUUAAAUAAAUAUUACAAUAUUCAAAAUGAAAAAGGUGAAAAAUCAGUAUGUGCCAUUGUAUCAUUUCGAAAUAGUUUGCUAUACUGUUAUUUGGGCAUUAGGCAUAAUUUAUGCUGCUUAUAAUUUAUUAGAUAUCAGCUCCAGUUUAAAGAAUUCAGAAAUACCUGACUUAGUACCUGGAUGGUCAUGGCUUGGUCGAAGAAAAGAUACUUGCCCAGAAUGGAGAAUAUGGACAGAAUUUCUUAUGUACUCAUUAGGCCCAUGGGUUAUUUUACAUUCAUCAAUUCUACUAAUAACACAACAUUAUUUUUCAAAGAUAUCAAUAAUUCGUGAUGUAUGGUUUAUUACUGUUACAAGCUUAUGUAUUGCUUAUAAUUUUGGAUUAUUAUCAGUCUUCAUAUUUUUUGGUUUGACUUUGAUUUAUUACUGUUUAUUAUUAUUUGGUAAUCAAAUUUCUAUUUGGAUUACAAGCAUAUUACUAUUAGGAGUAUGGUCAUACAAUGAUUCUUUAUUUACUAUUAUUGACCCUAGUUCAGAUGGAGAAAUUGCAUAUUUAUUACUUUUGACAAUAUACUGGCAUCAACUACGCUGCAUAAGUUUUUCACUUGGCUCAUUGGAUAAAGCUAAAAGUAAAACUUUGCCGAAUUGUCUUCACUUUUUAGCAUAUUCAUUUUACUUACCAUGUUUUUUCUUUGGACCAAUAAUUAUUUACAAAAAAAUAAAUGAUGCAAAUACAAAUAUUACUACAAAAUCAUUGUGUCAACGUUUGUCUAAACUUACAAUAAAUUUGAUUAGAUACUUUUUCUGGAUGUUUUUUGUCGAAUUUAUGUUACAUUAUGUUUACAUAAAUAUGUUUUUACAAAAUAUUAAAGUUUUUAAACAUUUUGGAAUUUCAGCACUUAGUGGGUUUGGUUUUGGAAUGGGACAAUUUUUUUUUAUCAAGUACACAUUUAUCUAUGGUACUGUGAUUACAAUUGCAAGAUUUGAUGAAUUUUUUGAACCACCCAAGCCACCAAAAUGCAUUUCACGGAUUUAUUUAUAUUCUGAUAUGUGGAGAAGUUUUGAUCGAGGACUAUACGAUUUUUUAAAAGAGUAUAUAUAUAGACCAUCUGGAUAUCAUUCAGAAAAUGUUAGUCUUACUUCCAAAUUAACUAGGUCAUUUAUGUGUUUUACAUUUAUUUUCAUUUGGCAUGGAUUAUCAUGGGAAGUUUUUUUAUGGACUCUAUUUAAUUUUAUAGGAAUUACAUUGGAAACCCUUGCAAGAGUUUUUGGAAAAACGUCUUACUAUUUACACUAUGUUAAACGCAAUCUAAGCGACUCUAAUGAAAGGCGGUUUUUAGCAUUUAUAACCAGUCCUUUAACAAUGCUGUCCGCCAUUUCAAACUUUUUUUUUUUUGGUGGUAUUGAUGCUGGAUUGAGUUUUUUUGAAGCAAUAUUCUUAUUAAAUACAUGGAUUGAAAAUAUUAUUAUUAUCAUAAUAUUUUAUUCAAUGUGUCAAAUAUCUAUAGAAUUCAACCAUUAUAAAAAAUCAAAACAACAAUAAAUUAUAUAUAUAUAUUUUAAAUAAGGUACAUAUUUUAUUCAAU